AUGUUCCCACAAGGGGAUUACAUCGAGCUUCACCAGAAGCGCCAUGGCUACCUGCUGGAUCACUUCAAGCGGAAGCGGAAGAAGGAAGCUCGAGUGGUCCACGAGCGGUCUGCUUACGCCAAAAAGGUUCUAGGAAUUAAGGGAAAGAUGUUUGCUAAGAAGCGUUAUGCAGAAAAGGCUUUGAUGAAGAAGACGAUUGCCAUGCAUGAGGAAUCAUCAAGUAGACGCAAAGUGGAUGAUAAGGUUCAUGAUGGAGUUCUUCCUGCAUAUCUUUUGGAUCGUGAUACAACAACGAGAGCAAAGGUCCUUAGCAACACUAUUAAACAAAAGAGGAAGGAGAAGGCUGGCAAAUGGGAGGUUCCUUUACCUAAGGUCAGACCUGUUGCUGAGGUAGAAAUGUUCCGAGUUAUUCGAUCUGGGAAGCGCAAAAGUAUCUGAAUUUAGUUCUUGAACUAUAUGAGAUUUGAUUGUGUUCCUUCAAUUACACAUGCAUCUUGUUGGAAACGUG